CAAAAGAUCUAGAAUAAAAACACUGUUUUGUCACUUAUUUGCAUUAUGUAGCCUUUGCUAAGUUAAAUUCUCUGAGCCUAUAAAAUGGGAACAAUAAUGUCUACCUAUGAGAUUAGUAUUGAGUUACAUAUAUAAAUAUAAAUAUAUGUGUCACUCCCUACAUGUCAGGUACUUUACAUGCACUAUCUCUAACUCUUGAAGUAGUCACAAGCAAGAUUAAUAGGAAGGCAAAUGCAGCAGACUAUGAGAAAAUCAAGGAGAUAGUAAGAGAUGGACGCGGUGUAGAAAAUCACCAAACUAAGACCUGAACUUUGAGUUGGAAGAAGUUGAGAGUGGUGGGUAUUGGCAGGAAGCGUUUAGGCAGAGCCAAAAAAGCAUGUGUAGAGGUCCUGAGGUUAGAGAAAACUUAGUUACUCAAGGAACUGAAAGAAAUAGAGAAAUUUAGGACCAUGGAAAAUAAGGGAGAGAGUGAUAGCAGAUGGGGCCAAAAAUAAUUAUUUUGAAUUCCCGUCUUUCCUUUCUGGUUUUGGAGAGUGUUUUGUGUAGACGUGAUUGUUGGAGCUGUUCUCGCCAUCUUUCUGCCCUGAGAAAGACACUGGGAUGGCAAGAGGCUGGACACUUGAAGACAUCACUGAACUACUGAGCCAACUCUGGAAGUGCUCACCUCUGGACUAAUUUAUCUUAUUAGAUAAUAAAUAUCCUUAUUGAUUAAGGCAAUUUUAGUUGAAUAUCCCGACCACUGAAGGCAUCUUAACUGAUUAUAUUUAAUGAAAGAGGAAGAUCACACAGGGCUUUGUAGAUCCUAUUAAAGAUCUGGAAUUUAAUUCUAAGGGUUAUGGAGAGCCAUUAAAUGCUUUUAAGCAUGUGGUGAAUUUUGCUUUUCAAGAGAUCACUUUAGCUGCAAUGUGGAUAAUAGAUUGAACAGUGGCAAUAGUGGAGGCAAGUGUAGGAGAUACAAACUAUUGCAACAGGUAACACAAGAGAAUGCAAUGAUUUAAAACACGUGGUUGCCAUGGGAAUAGAGAAAAAUGAACCUGUUCAAGAGAUACUGAGAGAUACACUGGAGGCAGAAUUAUGAAUUGGGAUUGUGAUUGAUUCGAUGUGAAUGAGGAAGAGAAAGAAAUCGAGAUGGCUCCCAGGCAUCUGGAUUGAGCAACCAGCUAGAUUGUAGUGCCAUUUACUAAGACAGGGAUAAACAACUGGAGGUAGAACAGGUGGGAGAUUACUAUAAUGAGUUCAUUAUUGGACUUGUUGAACUGAAGGUGCCUGAAGCAACGAGGUGGUUACGUCAAGUAAGCAGUUGGACAUCUGAGUGGCUCAGAAUAGAGAUAAAGACUUAAGAGUCUUUGGAACCCAGAUGGUAACAGAAUCUAUGUGAUCUUUGAGAUUCUUAGGGAGAGGGUGAGGAAUGAGAAAAGGCCCUACAACAGAAUCCUAGGGCCUCCAGCACUUAGUUUUUCCAUGGAAAAGAAGAAGCCAGUGAAGGAGACUGAGAAGAACAGAAAGAAAGAGGGAAAGUCAAAGAGUUUCUACAAAGAAGGCGUGCUCGACAAAGAAGGUGUGCUCAACACCUACAAAUGCAGUUGAGAAGUCAAGGAAGAAAAAGACUGAAAAGAUUCUGUUGGAUUUAGCCACAUGAAGGCCACAGGUGACUGGUGAAGAAGCAACUUUUAGACAGAUGGAAGUGGAAUGGUUCAGUUCAGAACCCAGUUUGGACUGGAUAAAGAGAGGAAAAUUCGGAAAUGGAGACAGAUGGUAAAGAAGCAGGUCAAGAAAUUUGGCCUUUAAGAGGACAUAGGGCAGGAGCUGAGGGACAAGUGGAAUCAAGGGAGGGUUUUGUUUUUCUUUUAAAGAUAAGGAUGGCUAUCUUUCCUUUACCUCUAUAUCCAAUUCAUUAGCAAGCCGCUUUAGGUCUUUCUCUUAAAUGUAUCCCAAGUCUGUCCAUCUCUGACCUUCAACCCAGAUAACUCACUGGUUUCAGCCACCAUCAUCCUCACCUGGAUUAAUUCAGUAGUCUCCAACUGGUUUCUCUGCUUCCAUUUUUAUUUUGUUCUUGUCUUUUUGAAAUCAUAAGGUAGUCAUGGUAAAUGAAAUCACGGUUUUGAAAUACAAUCCAAACUCUUGGUCUUGGCUUAUGAGAUUGAGUAUAUAUGAUCAGACUCUUCUCCUAUCUUACAUGCCAUCUACCCCACUGUCCCCCUGUGUUCUGGCUCCACGGGCUUCUUUCUGCUCUUUGUUGCUUUCUCACUCACUGGUCUCAGUGCUUAGCAAGCUUCUUCCUACAUCUUUGAAUGGCUGACCCCCUUUCAUUAUUCAUGAUUGCUCAAAUGACUUUUUUGCCUCAUCCAAAUAGUCUUCUCUGACCUUCUUAUCCUCCCCAUCCCCAUCCUCAGUCCUGUUUUACCCUAUUCAUGGCUCUUAUCAUCUGAAAUGAUCUUGUUCAUUUAUUUGUUGAUUAUAUCUUCUCAUUAAAAUUAAAGUCUGGGGGAAACUGGGUAAGGUUUAUAAGAUUAAUAUGUAUUACAUGUAUUACUGCAUGAUAUAUGUGUGUAUUAUAUAUUACUAUGUGUUAUGUGUAAAUGAUAAGCAUGUGAAUCUGAUUAUCUCAAAAUAAAUGUUUUCGGUUUUGUUUUUUUUAAGUAAGUUCUGUGAAAACUGGCAGUUUGUCUCCUUGUUGGGAACUGUGUCACCAUCACCAGAAUGAAGUCUGGCAUACAGUGGGCACUAAAGAAGUCUUAUUAAAUGUGUGACUUAAUAAAUGAUAUAUUUGGUCAUGUCUAAAAGAGAAUGGGGCGAAGAGUACCAACAAUAGCAGGAGACCCUGAGCCAAGGAAACCCGGGUCGUAGAAUUUAGCACUAGAAUCCUUGUCUUACAGUUGAAAUUCGAAUCCGGGUUUCCAGAACCCUUUCACCGCCCCAUACUACCUCUCCAUUAGUGGAGUAUUGAUUAGAUGACUGAAGUCCUGGCGACACUCGAUCAAAUUUCGUCUUUGUAGCCUAUGGUGAUUCCCACAGUGCAGGGCAGAUAGGACCAGCACCUUACGUGUGGGGUCUGGUUCCCAUAAAGCAUGACCAGGCCCGCACUCUCUGUAACUUGCAGGACUGGGUAAGGAGGCUGUGUGCAAUAGCCUGGAAGGCUCACUGAAGCGCAGGUCCUCAGCUCUGCAGUUGAGGUUUCAGGUUUCAGUUCUCCCAGGAGCACGAGAUGUCGCAGCGUGCACGGUGCGGCUGCCGCCUCCGCCUCCCCGUCUCCGCUAAGGCUGCGCUCGAAAGCCAGUUCCAGGCGCGGCCGCGCACACUCUUCUGCCCUAGACGAAGGUUGGGCGCCGUGGCUGAGGCUGCUGCUAAGCUGCCGUAGCUGGGCGCGCUGGGAGGCGGCGAGCACAGCUGGGCCGGGACUUCCUUCCUCUACCGCAGGACAACAAAACAACCCGGCAGCAGGCACUGAACUCUUGGCAGCUGUCUGGGCGAGAGGCGCAGCCAUGGGCUCCGUGCUUAGCAGCGAUAGCGGCAAAUCCGCCGCCGCCUCGGCCGCCCCGCGGGCCCUGGAGCGCAGGGGGGACCCGGAGCUGCCCGUCACGUCCUUCGACUGCUCCGUGUGCCUCGAGGUGUUGCACCAGCCGGUCCGGACCCGCUGUGGCCACGUAUUCUGCCGUUCCUGUAUCGCUACCAGUCUAAAGAACAAUAAAUGGACCUGCCCUUAUUGCCGGGCAUAUCUUCCUUCAGAAGGAGUUCCAGCAACUGAUGUAGCCAGAAGAAUGAAAUCAGAGUACCAGAACUGCGCUGAGUGUGACAGCCUGGUUUGCCUCAGCGAAAUGAGGGCACACAUAAGAUCUUGUCAGAAGUAUAUAGAUAAGUAUGGACCACUGCAAGAACUUGGGGAGACGGCAACAAGGUGUGUAUGUCCAUUUUGUCAGAGGGAACUGGAUGAAGACAGCUUGCUGGAUCACUGUAUCACUCAUCACAGAUCAGAAAGGAGAUCUGUGUUCUGUCCACUCUGCCGAUUACUACCUAAUGAAAAUCCAGGCAGCUUCAGUGGCAGUUUAAUAAGACAUUUGCAAGUCAAUCACACUUUGUUUUAUGAUGAUUUCAUAGAUUUUAAUAUAAUUGAGGAAGCUCUUAUCCGAAGGGUUUUAGACCGGUCACUUCUGGAAUAUGUGAAUCACUCAAACACCACAUAAUUUUAUUCAAAGGAAAGGAGAGGAGACCAUUCAAUUGCACCAUUUGUUAAGAUGCUGCUCGAACAAUUGGAGGGAAAUUGUCAAUGUUCGAUGGGCAAAAAUGUACAACACAGUUAUAUGUUUGUCUAUGUUUAUUGUUAUAUUGCAUUUUAAAACUGCUUUCAUCGGGAUGGCUUAAAUCUGUUUUACAUUCUUGACUUUCUUAGACACUUAACAAAAAAUAGUCUCCAUCAGCCACCAAGGUAUAGAAGAGAACAUGAGGCAGGAUAUGUGGGUGAACGAUCUUUACUUGCAAAUUGGAUGAUACUAUGUGUAAUGCUAUAGAUUAAUAACUAUCAUCAUAGUUGGGCAAGAUAACUUAUAUUUGUUCUAUGUAAAAAUAUGGAGAAUGAAACCAAGUAUGGACAUUCAAGGAAACCUGAAAUCUGCUCUAGUGCUUAUCUAAUCUCUAAUAGAAUAAUAUGGGUAGCCUUGUAUCAAAGUAGGAAAGGAAAAUCUUGGAGGUCAACAAAGUCCGCUUAACCAAAUUAUAAAACAUAAUACUGUAAACAAAGUAAAUGUUGUGUUAACAAUGUAUACUUAAUCCUUUGACUUUUUAUAACUAUGCACAAUAAGAAUUUAGUAUUAUAUUUUUCAAAUAUUUGUAGCUUAUUAUUUAGAAAUAUUUCUAUAAUAUAGGUAAUUUCUUAAGGACCUUUAGCUGAUAUUUAUAGAAGUGUUCAUAUUCAUAAUUUUUAGUGGAAAAUCCUAAGGGCUUUGAUUUUUUUUUUUUACUUUUAUCUUUUAGAAAAAAUAAAAUAAAAUAUAAAUACUGAAAACCAAACAGAAAAUGUAGGAAACAGUUUUAGAACUCUGCCAGCCACUCUGGAUGUCCUCUGUGUAUCCACUCACAGUUAUUAGCUGUCUUCCACAGGAGUAACCACUACAGUGCUUAUCAAUACCUAAGUGUGUAUUUUUAAUCUGUAGGUUUUUUCUUUUCCUUAAAAUGUAUUAUUAGUUAAGAACUUGGUCUGGAUAGAGUUAUCCACAGCCUGUAUUUUACUGUUUGCAUACUCAUGGUGCAAUUCAGCAUGUUCCUCUUUCCUCUGAAUAUUGACACAUGGAUCCAAAUAUAAUAGACUCAGGUUCAAUCCCUUUUGGCAAGAUUAUAGGUCAUGGUGUGUUCUUUCAUCAGAGGGCACACAAUGUCUGGUUCUCUCUUUUCGUGAUGUCAGCUGAAAUUGAUACUCAAUGCCUUGAUCCAUUGAUUUAUUGUGAGUUGGAGGAUAUUCUAACCCUAUCAUUUCUCUUUCAUUUAUUAGUUGGAACAUUUUUAUAAAGAGAUGUUUCCCCACAUCUACUAUUUGGUUGACCAACGGUCAGAUUUGUAUAGGAAAGGGAAAGUAAAUGUUUGUAUUUUCCCUUUAUUUACUAAUUUUCAAGAUAAUAAACUUGUUUCCUAUUUCUUCCAGAGAUCACUUUUUCUUUUUUUUUUUUUUCAGUGUUAUGAACUCAUGGAUUCAAACAUGUUUGAUAGGCCUCAACCCAUUUGAAAUAUUACCUUAUUGAAGUUCAAAUUGUCCCAUAUCUGGCUAUUGGGAGCCACCCCAAGUUGGUGCUGAGUCGUUUUGACACUACACUAGCCAUCUUUAAUAGUUUCCUUGCUAUCUCAGAAGAUCCAGGCUCAACUUGUGUGUUAUUUGCCCCAGACCUGGAAUCAGCCAUCUCUCUAAAAAGCUUGGUUACUUUCAGUGAGAAAUGGCAUUUCAAAAUCAUAAUCAGGACUCUAUGCAUGCUCAUUGCUAGUAGCUUAGCCAUGGUUUCUAGGAGAGAGCUAGGAAAUACCAAUUUUUUUUUCACAAGAUAAGACACUUUCUGAGUUUAUUGUAAAACCUCCAAGUCAAGUUGAGUACUACAGGGAUUUUACUUAAUCCUUCCUGUUACUACUAUAUCUCCAUUUUCUACACUGAGAAUCUUGGUUUUCAAGGACACAGGGCAUGAUAGAGUUAGACUAUCCCACAAUUAUUCACUUCCUUUAUUUACCUUACACAUGCAGCAGCCUCAGAAUAACAACGCUAAAACCACCAUCACCAAUAUGGUAACUGAAACAAUUAAAAUUUUUUCAUUUGCUCUACCCAUUCUCUAUUUUUAAAAGUCAUACUAUGUCAGCAUUUCCAGAACAUAUUGGUAUAACAUACUGUACUGUCUCCCUUCUAUCCCCCAUUUAGUCUUACUUCUUCAAAUAACUAUAUAUAUAGUGCUUGUCACUGGUGGUUACCUGAUGACUCUGUUUUUUCAUAUCUGGAUCUUUAAUGAUGAAUCCAGGACAUAGAAUGAUGUUUCUGUAUUGAAAGGAAGAAAAGGAAGCUAUGAAGACUAGUGAUAACAACUGAGGAUAAAAUAUUUGGCUAUACUUAGCUUUUUAAUUGUAAUCAUUAUAAACUUUGUUUCUUACACAUAAAUGUAGUCAUAAUCACGCUGCCCCAAAUGUUUUAUAAUUAUCCAUUCCUUCUUUAAAGUCUUGCUUACUAUUCUGCCAUCCUCUGUGAGGUAAUUAGAAAAACAUAAAA